CGCCAGGCCAGGCAGAGGGAGGCCAGGCGUUACCUCUGCCUCUAGGAGUCCGGGCUCCCAGACCAGCUCGCCCCGAGGCUGCUCCGCUUCGUCGCCUGCUCUCUCCCUCGAUCUGGGCCAGCCCGGGACUUAGGAGUUCCUGUCGCCCGCAGCAGGAGCCGCUGAAGCGGCGGCGGCGGAGCGACAGCAUCCUCCGGAGAGACUCCGGGCUGCGCAGCCUUCUGCCUCCUCGCUGGGGCGAGCGCCGCGGCGAACCGCCUCAACCCGGGCUGCCCGCGAAGAGAGCCAGCACCCGCGCCCCGGGGACCUCCACCUGCCGCGGCCCCCGGGAGGGCGGACAAAGGGCAGAGAAAGUGCGAGAAGCCGACGCCCAGGGCACCCAACCGCGCGUCCCCACUGGGCGAAGCUGUCCCCACCGCCCGCCGCAGUGCUCCCCGUACGCGGUCCCCAAGUUCAAGGGCGACAGCCUUCCGGGAGUGGCUAAUCCUCCUGCAGUGAACAUCUCAACUCCGUCCUCUCGGAUCAGCCCGCGGGACCCCAGGAGCCUCCUCCGUCUGCAGCCCGAGUGCCUUCCCCGGUCCCCAGAGACAGCCUGGGGCAUCCCGCCGCCCCACGCCGGCCGGCUGGGCCAUGCCGGGGCUGCGCCGGGACCGCCUGCUGACCCUGCUGCUCCUGGGCGCGCUCUUCUCCGCCGACCUCUACUUCCACCUCUGGCCCCGAGUUCAGCGCCAGCUGCGGCCCCGCGAGCGCCCGCCGGGCUGCCCGUGCUCUCGCCGCGCCUCCUCCCCGGCCCCGGCCCCCGCCGCAGCCUCCCGGGUCCCCGACGCCGUGGCGCACAACUUUUCCCGAGCCGGGCCCGAAGCUGAGCAUCCCAAAGGCGGCCGCAGGGGCCCGCGCUCCAAGCUGCAGGCCCUCUUCGCGCACUCGCUCUACCACGUCCUGGAGGAGCCGCCUCUCCUGGGGCCGGAAGACUCGCUCCUGGCCAGCCAGGAGGCGCUGCGGUAUUACCGGAGGAAGGUGGCCCGCUGGAACAGACGACAGAAGAUGUACAGAGAGCAAUUUAAUCUCACCUCCUUGGAUCCUCCGCUGCAGCUCCGACCAGAGGCCAGCUGGGUCCAGUUCCACUUGGGGAUCAACAGCCACGGACUGUACUCCCGGUCCAGUCCUGUUGUCAGCAAGCUUCUCCAUGACAUGAGACACUUCCCCACCGUCAGCGCUGAUUACAGUCAGGACGAGAAAGCCUUGUUGGGGGCCUGUGACUGCACCCAGCUUGUGAAACCCAGUGGGGUCCACCUGAAGCUGGUGCUGAGGUUCUCGGACUUCGGGAAGGCCAUGUUCAAACCCAUGAGACAGCAGCGAGACGAAGAGACUCCAGAAGACUUCUUCUACUUUAUUGACUUUCAGAGACAUAAUGCUGAGAUUGCAGCUUUCCACCUGGACAGGAUUCUGGACUUCCGACGGGUGCCGCCAACAGUAGGAAGGAUAAUGAAUGUCACCAAGGAAAUCCUAGAGGUCACCAAGAAUGAAAUCCUGCAGAGUGUUUUCUUUGUCUCUCCAGCUAACAACGUGUGCUUCUUCGCCAAGUGUCCAUACAUGUGCAAGACAGAGUACGCCGUCUGUGGCAAUCCGCACCUGCUGGAGGGUUCCCUCUCCGCCUUCCUGCCAUCCCUCAACCUGGCCCCCAGGAUAUCUGUGCCCAGCCCCUGGAUCCGCUCCUACUCACUAUCGGGAAAAGAGGAGUGGGAGCUCAAUCCCCUUUACUGUGACACGGUGAAGCAGAUCUACCCAUACAACAGCAGCAACCGGCUCCUCAACAUCAUCGACAUGGCCAUCUUCGACUUCUUGAUUGGAAAUAUGGACCGCCACCAUUAUGAGAUGUUCACCAAGUUCGGGGAUGAUGGGUUCCUUAUUCAUCUUGACAACGCCAGAGGGUUCGGACGACAUUCCCAUGACGAAAUCUCCAUCCUCGCCCCUCUCUCCCAGUGUUGCAUGAUAAAAAAGAAAACACUCUCGCACCUGCAGCUGCUGGCCCAGGCUGAGUACAGACUCAGUGACGUGAUGCGGGAGUCACUGCUAGAAGACCAGCUUAGUCCUGUCCUCACAGAACCCCACCUCCUUGCCCUGGACCGCAGACUCCAAGUCAUUCUCCACACAGUGGAGGACUGCGUAGAGGCCCAUGGGGAGCAGAAUGUCAUAGCUGACGACCCAGUACAACAGUGGGCUCCAGACUCUGGCCAGGCUAACCUGACAAGCUAAUGUCUGCAAGGGUGACACCUCAGCACACAUCUGGAGCCAGCGAUGAGUGCUGGUGUGCCGGCCACUGUUUCCUCACUCUGAGUGCUGGAGGACCAGUCACAAGCUCAGGGAGGUGGCAGUCACGCUUCAAACAGCAAGAGGGAUCCACCGAGCCUCAUCUUUACCCUUGGAUGGAGGUCACUGCUUUUACAGUGCGCUGCUGGGGCCCUCUGUCUUCCCAGAGGGCCCCUGCUCCAUCAAGGCCACAGACAAUCUUCUGAACACACUGGGAAACCUGGAUCUGGGCCAGGCUUGGAAGGUUUGGAAGCUCUGUUCCCAGAAGAGUUUUAACCACAAGUCAAAUAAAAGGACAAAUGGAUA